GAAAUCCUUCAUUUGGGGAGAGCCCAUCGAAGACUCUCCGGACUCCAAAGUCGUACGCUUCUUUGGCUACGACCCCGACAUCGACUCGGAUCUGGACAUCAAGCCCUGGGUGGAACGGUAUCCGCGAGAUGACGUGGAUGAUUACAUAAAACAGUUCUGGUCCGGCUGGGAAGGUCCACCAUCACGUAGCAUGGCUGUUUAA